GCGGGCGCUGAAUGAGAGACGCCGACCGCCGAGGUCGGCUGGCGCUCUCCUCGGCGGCUGCGGCAGUGGCGAGGCGUGACGCCGGAGUCGCCUCUCCAUCCUCCGAGGCGACGGCCGCGGCUGCACAGACAUAAUGUAUUUGUGGCCUUGGACAUGAAGUAAUCAGUCCUCUGUUGCUGUAAACAUAGGGUGGGGACUGAUGAGGGAAGCAUGGACCUGAUGAACGGACAGGCAAGCAAUGUUAAUAUCGCAGCUACUGCUUCUGAGAAGAGUAGCAGCUCUGAAUCAUUAAGUGACAAAGGCUCUGAAUUGAAGAAAAGCUUUGAUGCUGUGGUAUUUGAUGUUCUUAAGGUUACACCAGAGGAAUAUGCGGGUCAGAUAACGCUAAUGGAUGUCCCAGUAUUUAAAGCUAUUCAACCAGAUGAGCUUUCAAGUUGUGGAUGGAAUAAGAAGGAAAAAUAUAGUUCUGCACCAAAUGCAGUUGCCUUCACAAGAAGAUUCAAUCACGUAAGCUUUUGGGUUGUAAGAGAGAUUCUUCAUGCUCAAACAUUAAAAAUUAGAGCAGAAGUUUUAAGCCACUAUAUUAAAACUGCUAAGAAACUAUAUGAGCUGAAUAACCUUCAUGCCCUCAUGGCAGUGGUUUCUGGCUUACAGAGUGCCCCAAUUUUCAGGUUGACGAAAACAUGGGCGUUAUUAAGUCGAAAAGACAAAACUACCUUUGAAAAAUUAGAAUAUGUAAUGAGUAAAGAAGAUAACUACAAAAGACUCAGAGACUAUAUAAGUAGUUUAAAGAUGACACCUUGCAUUCCCUAUUUAGGUAUCUAUUUGUCAGAUUUAACAUACAUUGAUUCGGCAUACCCAUCAACUGGCAGCAUUCUAGAAAAUGAGCAAAGAUCAAAUUUAAUGAAUAACAUCCUUCGAAUAAUUUCUGAUUUACAGCAGUCCUGUGAAUAUGAUAUUCCCAUGUUGCCUCAUGUUCAAAAAUACCUGAACUCUGUUCAAUAUAUAGAGGAACUACAAAAGUUUGUGGAAGAUGAUAAUUACAAGCUCUCAUUGAAGAUAGAACCAGGUACAAGCACACCACGUUCUGCUGCUUCCAGGGAAGACUUAGUAGGUCCUGAAGUAGGAGCAUCACCCCAGAGUGGAAGAAAAAGUGUAGCUGCUGAGGGAGCCUUGCUGCCACAGACACCCCCCUCCCCCCGGAAUCUGAUUCCACAUGGACACAGGAAGUGCCACAGCUUGGGUUAUAAUUUCAUCCAUAAAAUGAACACAGCAGAGUUUAAGAGUGCAACGUUCCCAAAUGCAGGGCCAAGACAUCUGUUAGAUGAUAGUGUCAUGGAGCCCCAUGCACCAUCUCGAGGCCAAGCUGAAAGUUCUACUCUUUCUAGUGGAAUAUCAAUAGGUAGUAGUGAUGGUUCUGAACUAAGUGAAGAGACCUCAUGGCCUGCUUUUGAAAGUUCUGCAGAGUCAGAAGAUUUGGCAGUACAUUUGUAUCCAGGAGCUGUUACUAUUCAAGGUGUUCUCAGGAGAAAAACUUUGUUAAAAGAAGGCAAAAAGCCAACAGUAGCAUCUUGGACAAAAUACUGGGCGGCCUUGUGUGGAACACAACUUUUUUACUAUGCUGCCAAAUCUCUGAAGGCUACAGAAAGAAAACAUUUCAAAUCAACAUCAAAUAAGACUGUCUCUGUGGUGGGAUGGAUGGUGAUGAUGGCUGAUGACCCAGAACAUCCAGACCUCUUCCUGCUGACAGACUCUGAGAAAGGGAAUUCAUACAAGUUUCAAGCUGGCAGUAGAAUGAAUGCAAUGCUGUGGUUUAAGCAUCUGAGUGCAGCCUGCCAAAGUAACAAACAACAGGUUCCUACAAACUUGAUGACUUUUGAGUAAAAGCCUGAAGAGGAAGAAGUGGAGCUCUGCUCCUGGGUAAGAGCUGGGGCCUGACGGAAAAUGCCAGCGGCAAACCAUCCUGUGCCAGGAAGAGCCCACAGGCUCCAUCCCAGCCUUUGGAAUGCUGAACCAAAAAGCACUCAUUUCAGGGAAUAAAGUGAGAUAUUCCCAGAGAACAAAUUGGAGUUGCAAAACAAACUGCCAUGAACCAUGCUUCUUAUCUCUGAACUGACCUGUGGAAACCACUGCCUUAAAAGAGUGAAAGGAAAACCAACAUGAAACACCAAAUAGUGUGUGUGAAUCUUCUGGCGGUGCUGUGCUUGGGAUAGAUCAUAGCUAAUUUCCAUUUCUUUUAACUUUGUACUAAUUUUGGAGGGGGGAAUCAUCUUUUUUUUAAGAUACACUUUGAAAAGGAACAUGUUUCUUGUGGAUGGUACCAGGAGCUGGUUUUGAAUGUGGUGAUACUCAGAUACUUCAAUUUCGCGGGAUUUUACCAGCAGCCCACCUGCAAGGUUUGUUCAGCCUCCAGUAGUCCAUAUCCUCACUGGUUUUCUCUCACAGCAAGAAUGUAGGAUUAGAAAUGUUGAUAAUGAAAGUUGUUGGGUUUGUUUGGGAUGGGGGAGGAAGGGCUGGUUUUGGUUGAGGGGAGAUCUUUUUAAACACUAAGCUUCUGAAUUGAGUACUGUAUGGGGAACAAUAUUUCCUGCAGGAGGCACAAAGCCCAAGUGUUCAUAUACCAGUUCUUUAAAAUAGGUUCUAGAAAACAUGGUUGUUUCUAACUGGGUUUCAUGUUCAACUUUCUGUAUGAAUUCAAUGUUGAAUGAUAGAUCUGCUUAGUAAAGAACUGUAAUCUCAGACUUUCCUGAGAAGGAUUUUACAAUGACUAAAUUUUUUUUCAAGCUAAUUGAAUUAUCCCUCUCCCAGUUUCAGGGAGUCAUCAAGGGUGAUAAUAUUGAUAUUUUGCCAGGAUAUUUUCUUUUACAGUGUUUAAUGUGCAUAAUGCCAGAGUUAUUUUUUUAUUGUUUGUUUUGUUUUUGUUC